AUGAAAAAGAUCAAGGAAGAAAGUGAUAAAAAUAAAAGGUUGAAAAAUAAAAAACGUCUUCAAAAGGUGGAUAAUACUCCAAAACGACUUAAUUAUAAGAAUUAUCUGGAACACCUGCAGAAAGUGAAAAAUGUUGUUGCAAAAAUAGAUAACAAACCUCCUAAAUUUAACGUAGAAGUAUAUUUUAAGCCACGUCGUUUAGAAGUCGACGCCAGGAGGAUCAGGGAAUUGGACAAAGAAAAUAUGAAUAUAUUAAAAUCUUUAAACAUUAUCACUAGAUUAGGAGGUGUCGUUGAUUGCUGGCAAAAGAAAUUUACAUACAAAAGUAAAUUUGAUAUUCAACAUUUAGAAAAUAAAAAAAUUAUGAAAGAAAAUGAUGCAUUGCUUAAAAAAAUCAAUCAGACAUCUAGUCAAUAUACUGCAGCAGAUUUAAUAAAAGAAUGGAAAUAUAUGAGAGGAAAAUUGGAUGUUGAAAAAAAAAGGGAACCCCAAAAAUUAAAAGGGAUUGUUAUAACACCAGGUAUGAAAAAGGACUACUGUAUGCUCAGUGAUUCAGCACUAUUUCAUACUUUAGAUCAAUCAGUUAGAAGUAGGUGCUUUUUAGAGAUCAAAGAUCAACAAAAUAAACAAAUUCUGGGAACAAUUGUGAUUGAACUCUAUAUAGAUAUCGUACCUAAAACGUGUGCUAAUUUUGAAGCUUUCUGUCGUGGAGUAAAUGGAUUAUCUUACAGAAAUACUCCAAUUCAUCGUAUUGUUCCUGGAUAUUGGUGCCAAGGUGGUGAUGUAGUAAAAUUUAAUGGCAUUGGUGGUACAUCCAUAUAUGGAGAUAGUUUCAAAGACGAAAAUUUCAAUUUGCGUCAUGCUGGUCCUGGUGUACUUUCUAUGUAUAAAACCGACGAUAUGAAAGAAAAUAAUUCUAAAUUUAAUCUGACAUUUAAAACAUUAAAAACAAUGGAUGGUAGAAGAGUAGUAUUUGGAAAAGUUGUAUCCAAUCUUUCUGUAAUCCAUAAGAUUGAAGAAUGUGGCACAAAAUCUGGCAAACCAAUAAAAUCUAUUAUCAUAUCAAAUUGCGGAGUUCUACCAUCAAGAAGUAAUAUUUAUAAAUAAUAAA